UUUUUGCUGCUGCUUAUUUGCUUGGCUUUUGCCAUCAUUCCUGCAGCAAAUCACCUUACAAGUUUUAUAAAAAAAAAAUCGAAGACAUUUUCUUCAAUUAGCUGAAGAAGAAAAAAAAAUAUGAAGUAAACCUCUCAUAACUUGUUGCAGUAUUGAUUGGUGCUAAGAAAAAUCGAACAAUUAAUUGUAAUCGCGUGAUGUGAAUAUGUAUAUUUCCAAUUUGCUUACAAUCAUGUAAAGUCCGACAAAUGAAAAAGUAUAAAAUUAUUUAUAUUACACGCAAUUAACCAGAGAACAUGAUCCAAUUGUAACUUGCAAGAAUAAAAAACAAUUGAUUAUUGACUAAUUAUAAAUUUAAACGAAUUUUACUCGGGACAUAUUAAUAAAAUGGAAAUGAAUAUACAUUAUUGUCUUGGAGGCUGUUUGGCGGCACUAUUAGCUACAAUCUAUUGCUACCCAUCGUUUUUCUAUAUUUUCUUAUUUCUUGUCUAUUCUGUUGUACUAAUUUUGGGAGCUAUUGCUGGAACAAUCUAUAUUCAUUUUAAUUUGACCUCAAAGACACAGCCCAAGCUAAUCCAUAAACCCUAUUCUGUGGUUUACAAUGCUACUAAAUCUAGCAUAUUUGAUUUGCCAAAACCAAUACAAAAUCCAUCGAAUUUGCCAUUGAUAUUUGGUAAAACUGUUGACUUGCAACUUCAGCAAAUAAUUGAGUAUGUAUUGCGAGAUUUCAUGUCACCAUGGUUGGGACAUGUGGCAACAAAACCGAAGCUCAUUAAUGAUGUAUUGCGCGAGGAUUUGUGGAACGCAGUACAAAAAAUUCGAGAACGUGCCAUUAAAGUCGAUGCGGCCAAGGUUAUUGCUGUCGAUAUGGUUAAUCGUGUAACUGUUCAUUUGGAAAAAAUACGAAUAUCUGAAGCUAGAGCCAUUGAAACUUCAUCGACUCCAGUUUUUUCAACCAACUCAUAUCUUCAAGAUGUUGAGAACGAAAUGCAAUUUUUACGAAAAUUAAGCGAAAUCAUGGUUAUACUGUUACUGCCACGAGGAUAUUCGUUGCCUCCUUUAAAAAUUCUAUUAACAGAAAUUCUAUCAUUCAAGAUAUUUUUUCCAAUGAUCAACAUGCUUACUUCCCCUGAUUACAUUAAUCAAAAAGUUGUUCAAAAUAUUGAAUCAAGAUUAGCGGCAGCAGCAAUAAAUAAACGCAGCUAUGAGUAUGCAGCAAGUUUCGAAGAUUUCAUAAAAAUUAUUAACAACUCUGGAAACAUGGAAGAACUUUCAAUAAUACGAACUAGUAUUGUCAAUGAUUUGAUGCAUGCAACAACAAUGCAAAAUUUACAGCGAGCUAAAGGAUUAGAUCCUGAUUCAGAUGAAAAGUGUCUAUCCCGUGCAGAACUCACGACUGCCGUGAGAUUAAAACGAUAUGUUCAACAAUUAACAUUUGCAAAACAACAAUGUGAAAAAAAUCUUUUGAAGUUCGGAUGGAAAGGAAAUAACAGUAAUGAUAUGAAUCUAACUUUAACCGAUAUAUUGAAUACAAGCGUCGGCCGGCGUUACUUGACAAUAUUCUUAGAACCACACAAGGCCAGUUCGUGGGUAGGAUUUUAUUUGGCCGUAGAAGACAUGAAACACGCACCCAAAUCACAAUGGCAUCAUAUGGGUACUGAAAUUUUUUACACAUACAUUCGAUUGCCCAAACCAGAAAUAAAAAUAGAAAAAUCUGAUCGAAAAUUAAUUGAGACUUUUCUACUUGGCGAUGCUGGUCCUGAUAUUUUUUACCAAAUCCAAGCGAAUGUAGUUAAAACUUUGGAAGACAAAUACUUCCCACCUUUUUUACUCAGUGAACAAUAUUUGCAACUUAAAGAUGCCCUUAAUUCUGAAGACUUUAAGGACCCCACCUUGAAUAUCUCCGAUGGCCAAGAUGAACAAAACACCUCAUCGGAAACGGAAAACCAAAUGGAUGUAGCAACACACACCACCUAUGCUAGAAAAAAACUAGAACAAAUACAAGAUCGUUUGGAUAAAAAGAGUUUGGCACUGGAUGCAUUAAAAUACUCAGUAAAACCAGAAUCAAAGGUGCUAAUUAUAUUAGAAAAAGAAAUGGAAUGGUUAAGAAAUGAGAAGCGCCAAACCGAAGCUCAUUUAAGACGGACAGAUGCUUGGUCUGAUCAUAUAGGCAAAUGGAAAGCAACAAUUCAAAGUCUUGAGGUAUCGGAUGAAAAAGAAUCUCUACAGUUUAUGGUUUUGGUUCAUGUUGAUGAGGAUAUAAAUAAUCCAACAAAUUAUUGCAAAGAACAAAAACCUAGUAACAUCUCUAGUGGAUGGGUGGUGCUACGCUCUAUAACACAGUUUCACGAGCUUCAUAGAAAAUUACGACCAAUGUGCAAUGAACUUAAAUCGAUAGACCUUCCGACAAACUUUAAACUUUUCUUUGUGAAAAACGAUAAAAACUCUAUGGAAAAAAUUAGGGCACAAGUUCAGAAAUACUUAAAUUUUAUACUAGAAGACGAUCACUUAUGUGGAAGUGAAGCUAUUUAUACAUUCCUUAGUCCUAGUUCGGAUCAUUUAAAACAAACAACACCCUCACCGAGAAAAACAAAAUUCUCCCUCUCAACGCUAUUCAAAAGUGAUAGUGCCAAAGCUGAAAAUAAUAAACCCUCAGACCCAUUCUGGGGUCUAACUCAUCAUCGCGAAGACGAUGAUAUAUCAAUGUACUUAGAAGGAUCUGAAUCAGAUUCCAAACUUCAGCUGGACUUGGAUAGUAAGGAUUCGAUAGCAGAGCCUUUAUAUGCAUUGAUGGGUGAAAUAUUUGAUAUGGGUGGUGUAUUUAAAUGGUUGCGUAAAAGUAUUAUAUCAUUUGUCCAAAUAACUUAUGGAAGAACCAUAAAUAGACAAAUUCGUGAAUCUGUAGCAUAUCUCUUUGAAGAAUCCAUGCUACAUCACUAUUAUUCAGCGAUAUUAAAAUCAUUUUGGCCCGGAGGCGUUCUUGCCUCAUCGUAUCCCCUUCGCUCAGAAGAUACGAUAGAAAUGACAAGGAAUGCGGCCAAAGCUCUUCUCAUGGAUAACAUUCCUGAAGUAUUAAGUAAUCUCGUUGGUGCUCAAGCUGCUAAGCAUGGCGUCUUGAAAGUAUUUGAUGCUCUUCAAAAUCCAAUUUAUAAUAAACAGUUGUUUUAUGAAUUAGUUGAGAUUUUGAUGAUUGAACUCUUUCCCGAAAUAAGACAACUUAAAGUAACAGCUUCUGCAAAACCAGCAAAUAAUAUUAAAUGAAAUUGUGAUUGUGUUAUAAGAUUAUAUUUUGUGUGUGUAUUUUUACAAAACAAACAAUAUUGAUCCCUCUCUAUAUAUACAAUAUGUUCUUAGUACAAAUUAAGUUUGAUAAUUUUACUCGUGGUAUUUUGGCGUGGAAAUUAUAUAAUACUGACAAUUAACCAAAGGUCACAAUUUAGUGUUAAGGAUUUAAAAAAAAAUAUAUAUGUUUUUAUGUUGCAUAAGGUUAUUAUAGUUUAUUUAAUCAACAAAACAAACAGAAUUCAUUCUCAAAUUUUUACUCAAUUGUGUUAAUUCUUUAGAAUUUAUGAUAUAUAUUGUGCUCAUAAUGUUUUUUAAUUUAAUUUUUUGUUUUUGUUAAAUGGAAGAAAAAUAUUUCAUAAUCAAUGUUAAUGCUGCAGUAUUAACGCGUGUGUGUUUUUUACUGUUUAAUAUCACAUGUAGUGCAUUUUUGGUGAGCGUGCAUAAGUUAUCAAAAAUGGUGUAUCUAUAAACAUACCUAGUAAAAAAAUAAUAAUAAGUAAAUUAACCACCCCCAAAGCAAAUAUUUAUGUAGUCAAAUUAUGCCUAUACAUACAUUAUACAUUA